GUUCCCGACAUUUUGGACAAUCCUUCGACCCGCCCCACGAUCUGAUAAUGCACACACUUCACAAAAAGAACUGCGUCAGAUCAGAUUACCACCACGACCUCCUCCCACUUCCUCCUCCACCACCAAACAAGAAACCCCCUCGAUUGCUGGCUGGCUUACCAAACAUCAACCUCUUCCCCCACCCACACUACUUCCACAUCGUGAUGCCAUUAUUCGCAUUUCGAAGCAUCACCAAGCCACGCCCGUCCCCUUUCCCUUUUUUUCCUAUUCCCUUCUCCGCUAUUCUCCGCUUGGCCCUGCCCUUGCACAUGCCCAUGCCCUUGCCCUUGCCCACUUCUCCCGAUCUCCGGCACACCGUCACUGCCCAUCACUCUCUCAAUCGACCAUGGCUACCCGUGCUGGUCGUGUUUCUGACUCAGAUAUGUGCUAACAUUAAUGGCUUAAUUUAUCAGGCUCAUCUUCGCCCUUUGUACUCCUAUCCACAAAACCUUCACCACCCUUCCUAAAUCGACCCUCUCCUCCCCUACUUCGCACAAUGGCUUCAGCAACACAGCCAGCUGCUCUCCAUAGCAUUCCUACCACCUCCACAUCGCAUCCUCAAGAUCCCAUACCUUCUGAGCCACGAGCCAUACCUCAGCUUUCCAUCAAACCUACACGGGAUCACACCUCAAUGUCUCCACGAUCCUCCG